CAACUUGUAAAUUUUAAAUACUACUGUUGAAAAUUGAUACAUUUUGCUAAUCUCUUUCAAUAAAAUAAUUUUGAGAAUUUGAUCAGUGAUAUAAAAAGGUCACGUCAGUGGACAAAUAUAUCAAAAAUGUCUGAAUUAGUAUCACUGAGUUUGCCAGAAAAAACAUUCAUUUUACAUGGCAUUGACGUCAAUUUUAGAAAUGAUGGCAGAUCUCGACUCGACUGUCGCCCUAUUGAAUUACAAACAAAAAUUAUGGAUCAAGUUAAUGGAUCAGCCAAAUUAAAAAUUGAUGAUACAGAAAUUCUUGUUGGUGUCAAAGUUGAAGAAGAUACACCUGAUGAAAAUACACCAUCUGAAGGAAAAUUAGAAUUUUUUGUUGAUUGUUCAGCAAAUGCUAACCCAAUUUUUGAAGGAAAGGGUGGUGAUGAAUUGGCUAAGGAAAUCAGUGAUGCUUUGGCAUUAGCAUACAAAGAUGUAUUUGACUUGACAGAACUUUGUAUAUUACCAUCUAAAAAAUGUUGGAAAUUAUAUGUUGACGUCUUAAUUCUUGCAUGUGGUGGCAAUUUAUUUGAUGCUGUUGCAGCAGCAGUCAAAGCAGCACUGUACAGUACAGAAAUUCCACAAGUUAAAGAUGCAGCAGUUGAUGGAGUCGAAGCAGAUAUUUUUGUAUCAGACGAUAUAUUUAAUUCUGUUAAAUUAGAUGUUAAAAAUGCUCCUCUUCUUAUUUCAUUGUGCAAGAUUGGAGACAAUUAUGUAGUUGAUCCAACUCCAGAAGAAGAAGUUUGUAGCAGUGCAACUGUUGUUGUAGCAGUUAUGCCUAAUGGAAGAACAUCAGGUGGUUUGAAAACUGGAUACGGAAGUCUAAUGGUUGAAACUUGGCGCAAAGCUAUACAAAUUGCAAAAAAAGUAGGAGUACAAUUAAACAAUGAAAUAAUGAAAGCUUUAGAAGAGGAAGAAAAACUUGGCCCAAACAGAGCAUUAUUUGGAUUCCUUUGAUAACACAAAUAAUAAAUAUUUUUAACAAUAAUGUAUAUAAAAAGCACUACAUUAACAGAUAUAUAUCAAGCAAAUAAAUAUCACAAAUUUCUUAUUGAA